UGAUUGAAAACAUAGUUAGAGUUGCUUGGAUCAUGUUUGAGCCCCUUCUUUUUGGACUGCUUGGAGCAGAGGUAUCUGUUGCAUCUCUCAGACCAGAAACUGUUGGCCUUUGUGUUGCCACCCUGGGCAUUGCAGUAUUGAUACGAAUUUUGACUACGUUUCUGAUGGUGUGUUUUGCUGGUUUUAACAUAGAAGAAAAGAUAUUUAUUUCUUUCGCAUGGCUUCCUAAGGCCACAAUCCAGAUUUUCAAAGAUGUCUGAGACAUAAUUGUUAAGAGAACUAUGAGAUUAAUGUAGUACAAUAAAGGGAAUAGUUUUUCCCUCAGUGUUUCUAGCUUUCACAUGACUUCUUGUAACUUCAGC